GGCCCAGCUUGCAAAGGCUCCCUCCGGACCCGAAGUAUACCGGAUCCGAGGGCCACUCCGGGCAUCCCUGUAGAACUACUCCUCUUCCGUAAUCGAUGGAUAAUGACAUCUGAAACGCGCGAGGGUACUUAGAUGCCCUGAGCCUCUCUGAAAAUCCACAAUGAGGCCAAACAAAUAGUGCCCAGAAAUCUUGGCUGGCUCCAGAGUUCGAUACACGGCCGCUGGUGUCUUCAAUCAGCAGUAUGCGCGUUCUCGUAAUUGGCGGGACCGGACGAUGUGGCAGGCUUGUCAUUGACGAGCUGCUGGGACGAGGCCACCAGGUCACUACCCUAGCCCGAACACCUGAUGCGCUGGGUGGUCCACGACCCGGUCUAGAUGUCAUCCAAGGCACCCCGAUGAACUUAGAUGACGUGCGAGCCGCGUUCAAAGCAGACAAGCCCGACGUGGUGAUUGUAACGCUGAAUGCGCCUCGAGCGAGCGAUAGUCCGUUUGCUGCCGCCAUCUCCCCCCCUCGUUUAAUGGCCGACUGCAACGCCAAUGUAGUGGCUGCAAUGAAAGAAUUUGGAGUCCGCAAGACUGUGAUUCUGCAGGCAUUCGGGGUGGGAGCAUCCUGGGCUAAUCUGCACAUUCUGCUGCGCCUACUCAUGAAGACAUCUAAUAUGUCACAUCAGUACGAUGAUCACAAUGAAACAGAAAGGGAAGUCCUGGCCAGCGGGGUCGGUUAUGUGUUUGUAAGGCCGUCGCGGCUAGUCGAAACGGAAGAAACUGCUAUCAAGGUGUGGCCAGAUGACGGCAAGGGAGUCCCCAUGAUGGCUAGUACGAGUCGGAUUAGCGUGGCACGAUACUUGGUCGACGUGGCAGAGAGUGAUGAAUGGGAUAACACGGCUCCAGUUAUCACCAACUGA